CUCUGUUGGCUCGUUUGGCGCCUCGGUGAUGGGAUGCAGCUGCGGGAGGAGAGAAGCUGCUGCGGCCUGAGGAGGAAGAGGAGGAGGAGGAGAGGUGAAGAGGAUGAGGAGUCAGCCUGUAUCGCACUCCAGGUUCAAAAAAAUAGUGCCGUUCAACAGUGUUCCUCACACUGACUUUUAACUAAUGAGAGCCACACUGUAUCCAGAACACACUUCGCCUCUGGUCGUUUGCAUGACUUUAAACGUUAAUUACAAAGGUGAUUAAACCGGCAAGAUGUUCUGCUGCUUGUUAAAAUGGACAGUCUGCCUUCUCGGGCUCCUAACGACCAGUGCCGCCUCACCUGCCGAUGCUCCGCUGGAUUUUGGAGGCGAGUCCGGCUCCGGGAUGCUGCACACAGAUGAGGUGAACAUUCUACAGGAGCUCCCUCUUCAGCUGUUGAACAGCAGUAAUGCCUCCAUGACUGUGGGUGACAGCAGAUGUCCGGUCCUGCAGGUGGGACAGUACUCCACCGUGGCUCUUCCUCUUCAGCAGCUCCUCACUGACGGGUUUGCAGAUGAGUUCACCUUGUUGGUGCAGCUGCGGAGUCCUCAGAGAGAUGAACGCAGUGUCUUCACCAUGCUGAGCCCCAACAGCCAAGUUAUGCUGCAGCUGAGGAUCAGUGCUCGUGCCGUCAUCUUCAUAGGAACACAACAACGGCACUAUGAGUUCCCAGUCAGCGGUCUGUCUGAUGGAAGGUGGCAUCAUGUGGCCGUGAGCGUCUCUGCCAAGCGGCUGGCGCUGUAUGUGGACUGCUCUCUGCUGGAGAACGUGGACUGGGUGUACCAUGGCAUGGGGAUCAGCUCUGAAGGGCUGCUCAUGGUCGGGGGGAUCGUCGAGGGCUUCGAGACUCCAUUUGAAGGUCACCUCCGACAACUGACCUUCCUGAUGGGCGACCCAGACGCCGCCCAGCAGCACUGCAGCCACCACCCGCCCCGCUGCGGUGAGGCUGCCUCCAAGCCUCCCCGCUCUCCACGCGUCAACAACGUCCUGGAGAAUACCCUGCUGUCCUCGAAUGACCUGGAGGACCUGCUGGGGAAUCCCGAGGAUGAGUCAUUUUUAAGCCUUGGCAGAACUAAUAUGUUUCUGCGACGAGGGAGUACCCGAGGGGAUGGGACGGUUCCUUCAGGAUCCAAACGGUCCAAAGGUUCGAUAGGUCGUGGAGAUGUCUUUGUGGUGGAUGAGGACACUGAUUUGUUGGAUCCAAUCUUCCAAAAUGGCGGACAAGUCAACCCUCAGUGGAAGCCUUCCAGAAAUGGAUUUAAGGGAAACCAGAAGGGGAAGCCUGAACUGUCAUCAAAGCUAUUAGAGGAGAACAUUACCACAGACAAAAAGACUGACCCCAGUGGAAGGACUUCAUCACUGUUCCCUGGUAAACCAUCCAAUGGCAUCAUUGACCUGGACCUCGGAAGCACCACCAAGAAGCCCGUAGUGGGAUUUCCUGUACUUCCAAAGAGCACUUCAGAUCCCAGAACAUCGUCAGACUCCAGCCAAUUAAGUGAGGAGACAGAGGAAAUGUCCGGAUCUAUCUCACCUACACCUCACGUCAUAAUUUCUGGUCCAUCUACAAAGCCAGAAGAUGAGGAGGGGACACUGAUCACCACUGAUCAUAGAGCUGGGGACAAUGGUAAACUACCAGGGAAGGAGCGCCCUGGGAUUGUAACCAUUGUAUACAGAGACAGAGAUGUGGUCCUGGGCUCAGAUGGCAAAAGGUACCGGCUCCAGAGAGGGCCACCAGGUCGAAUGGGUCCCCCAGGGCAGGAAGGCUGUCCUGGUGAGCCUGGCCCAUCUGGGUUUAAAGGUGAUCAGGGUAAAAUGGGCUCAGAAGGGAAUCCAGGAAAAAAGGGGGAGCCUGGGCCUCCCGGACCACCAGGUUUACCAACCCUCUACCUGUGGAAGAAUACAGCAGAGGAAUGGGCUGCAUUUCAGCAAACAAAUUUCUACCAGUUACUUCUUGCUGGUUGGCCUAGUAAAGAAGGCCCUCCAGGACCACCUGGAGAGAUGGGCAAGUCUGGCAUACCGGGGCCACCUGGUGAACCUGGGCAGCGAGGACUGCCAGGGAUGGCGGGAGAAAUGGGUGAGCGGGGUCACAGGGGCCCUCCAGGACGAGUUGGGGCCCCAGGGAGAGAUGGGGAAAAUGGAGAAGAUGGACAACCUGGAUCACCUGGUGCUCCUGGUCCACAGGGCCCGUGGGGAUACAGGGGAGAGCGAGGGUCCAAAGGGGAAAAAGGUGAUGAGGGUCUCAUUGGCCUCAAGGGUCCAAGGGGGGAAACUGGUGAUCCUGGUGAGAAGGGCUCAACUGGUGCACCGGGCCCACCUGGUCCAGUUGGACCACCAGGGCCUCAGGGGAUCCGAGGUGGAUAUGGGCCAGAGGGGCCCCGUGGGCCUGAUGGUGAGAGUGGACUGGAUGGUCUCCCAGGUCUGCCAGGACUGAUGGGCGCGCCAGGUUUUCCAGGACGAGUUGGCGCUCAAGGAGUUAAUGGCUCAAGGGGGGACAUGGGACCUGCUGGCAGCGUUGGUCCCAUCGGCCCACGGGGGCCUCCAGGUUUAGAGGGACAGAUGGGACCUCCAGGGCUCAGAGGACCUCAAGGACAUUCUGGACUGAUUGGUGCUCCUGGACCUAAAGGAAAUCCUGGGCCUGUGGGGCCCAUGGGUGCCCGGGGGGAUCCCGGCUUUGAGGGGCCCAUGGGUGCACCAGGGCAACGGGGUCCUAUGGGUUUUCCUGGGAUAACAGGUAACAGGGGACCAGACGGGGACAAGGGGGAUCCAGGACCUAAAGGGGACAAAGGUAUUCGAGGGGCAGCAGGUAUUAUGGGUCCUCAGGGAGAGAGGGGCCCCAUUGGCUUCCUAGGUUUCCAGGGCACCAAUGGACAGCCGGGUUCCCCAGGCCCACAGGGCACAAAUGGAGAAACUGGCCCUCAGGGAAAACAGGGCAGCCGCGGGCUAAAGGGGAACAGGGGACUGGAUGGACGAAAUGGCAAACCAGGACCCAGAGGGAGCAAGGGUCGGACUGGACAGAGGGGCCACACUGGCCAACUGGGCCCACUGGGUUUGCCGGGGCCACCUGGACCAGAGGGACCAGAAGGAAAGCCUGGUACACAGGGUCCCUCAGGUGCGGCUGGCAGCGCUGGCAGUAAAGGGCCGAUGGGUUUUCAAGGAAUUGCUGGAGACAGAGGACCAGAUGGCCCACCAGGUUCUCCGGGCUCACUGGGAAAACCAGGACCUCCAGGACCACCAGGACCCCCAGGAGAAAGGGGUUUCACAGGAAAGCCAGGAAUGGAGGGACCUCAGGGCCCAGUAGGCAUGUAUGGCGUCCAGGGGAACAUGGGCAUGCGUGGGCCUCCAGGGUUCUUGGGAAAAACGGGUGAGCCAGGUUUACGAGGCUUACCUGGACCUGUUGGGAGGCCAGGACCUGCAGGUCUGCCAGGUUCCCAAGGCGAGAGGGGACCUCAGGGACCUCAGGGUCGCGCUGGAGAUGAAGGACCCAAAGGGAUACAGGGCCCACCAGGCUCUCCAGGUCUUCCAGGUGCUGAUGGGCCAUCUGGAAAACCAGGACCCAGGGGGAGCCAAGGACCCCAAGGACCUCAGGGACCACAAGGGCCAACAGGAAUCCCAGGAUCACAAGGUGCUGAUGGAUUAAUGGGGGCAGCAGGGGAAAAAGGACGCAAGGGUUUACCUGGCUUGCCUGGUGAUGCUGGCCCCUCAGGACAAGAUGGGCAACAGGGUCUCCCUGGCCAAACAGGAAGUGAAGGUCCACCCGGACAGAAAGGAGAUCAGGGGGAUAUAGGGUCAUGUGGGAAGCCUGGUCCUUCAGGGCCACCAGGCGAGAGAGGACUUGAGGGCCCAAAAGGCUUACAGGGACCACCUGGACCAGUGGGUAAAGAGGGUGAUGUCGGGCUUCCUGGUGAAAGCGGAGGUCCAGGUCCUAAAGGAGAGAAGGGGGAUGUUGGACCUCCAGGUCUGUCUGGUAAAGAAGGCCCUUGGGGAGCCCUUGGGGAAAAUGGUGAAAGGGGCCCCAAGGGGGAGAAAGGCCACACUGGACUAAUGGGUGAACCAGGGCUGAUGGGUGACGUAGGACCUGCAGGUCUGGCAGGGUUACCGGGAAUUACUGGUUCGAGGGGAUCCCCGGGACUAGAUGGACCUCAGGGUCAGAAGGGAGUGUCUGGCCCUCUAGGAAUGACUGGAACUCCAGGGUCAGGAGGCCCUCAGGGAAUAAUUGGUGUGCGUGGUGUCAGAGGAGACAUGGGGGGCCUGGGACCUCCUGGUUCAAUAGGACAAGUUGGACCUCAGGGAGACCAGGGAGCUAAAGGGGAACCGGGGCCACAGGGACUGAAGGGAGAUCCAGGAGCUCCGGGUCCACCAGGGGAACAGGGUGAUGAUGGUCUGCCAGGAAUCCGAGGUCCUCCAGGUCUGCCAGGACUUGAGGGGCCUUCCGGAGAGAUGGGGCCCCAGAGUCCCCCUGGUUCCGCAGGGGCUCCAGGAGUGCAAGGAAGACCAGGCCCCGAGGGGAAGCAAGGCAUGAAGGGGGAGAAGGGAGAGGAUGGCAAAAAUGGCUCACCAGGGAAGGCGGGUCAUGUUGGAAGGAGGGGAAAACGAGGCAAGGCCGGAGUCAGGGGGACCAGAGGGGACAGAGGACCCAAGGGGGAAAAGGGAGACAUAGGACACACUGGAAUCCCCGGGUGGCCAGGGCUCAUCGGAAUCCCAGGAUUACGUGGAGAGCCGGGGGAUCAAAGUGAAAAGGGGAAAGAGGGUGAGAAAGGAGACUCAGGACUGCCUGGACCACCUGGAGCUGAUGGCAUGAAGGGUAUUCGUGGUCCUGUUGGGUUGCCAGGACCACAGGGCCUGAAAGGAGAGCAGGGACAUAUUGGUCUACCAGGAUCGAGGGGUUUACCGGGCAUGCCAGGACUGCCUGGUUUGUUUGGAUUGAAGGGUUUGAAAGGCUACCAAGGUUUGCCUGGUCUACCCGGCAGGAGGGGGCUCCCAGGCCCACCUGGGGUUCCUGGACCCCCAGGACAGUCACUGAAUAUAACGCUGACUCAACUUAAGAGUCUGAUGUAUGUGUCAGACAAGCCCAACUAUCCUCUGAUCCAGACUCUGCUAGAUUCUCUGCAGCAGGAGCUCCGGCUGCUGGUGGACCCUCCUGACGGCAGCAAGGAGCAUCCUGCCACCACCUGUCUGGAGCUCUGGCUCUGUCACCCUGAAUACAGCAGCGGAAUGUAUUACAUUGACCCCAACCAGGGCAGCCCUGCUGAUGCUCUGCUGGCCUACUGCAGCUUCUCAUCCACAUCAAAACAGACCUGCCUUCAUCCUCAGGACUCACAGUUGACAAUGAAAGCCUGGAUGGAAGAAUUUUCUGAAGAAGGCUCUUUUCAGUGGCUCAGCAGGCUGGAGCAGGGGUUUCAGUUUUACUAUCCAGGUGCUAAUGUGGUCCAGAUGCGUUUUCUGAGGUUACACAGCAGCACUGCCAUUCAGAACAUGACCUACUCCUGUCAUCCAGGACACAGACUGGGCCAGACAGACAGAGAUGUCAAGUUCCUCACUGACACAAGGAAGCAAAGUUACCUUGGAGCACUUCAAGAUUGUGUGCCGGGAGAGGAGACCAUUUCUGGACCUCGAGAGUCUGUGUUCGAGUUUGAGGACCUCCAGCUGCUUCCUCUGAGAGACAUAGCAGUAAUGGGAGGUGAAAACUUUACACACCACUUUGGCUUCACUGUCGGGCCUGUCUGUUUCAGCUAGAGCAUGCUAGAAUGGUGAGCCGUCCCAGAAGACUCGCAGGUCCAGGACACAAACCUCUAUUCAAACCAUUGGUCCCAAGAGGAGAGCAGGAACAGCGCUUCAAAUUCACGAAGAUGUCACUUCCUUUUCCUCUUGUUUUGAGAGAAUUGAUCUCUCAAGUUAAGUUACUCUAUAUUCCCGAAUUCGAGAGAACACAAGACAUUCAUCAUGGAGAAGUCAUUUUUGUUUACAGAGACAUUUAUCUUAUAUUGAAUAAUUUAAAAAUGUAUGUUUUUUAUCCUUUAUACAAUGUUUUUUUUCUAAUUGAUUUUUGGUAUGUGCUUUCGGGCUUCUGUCAUAGCCAAAUCUAUUGUGUAUAUAAAAGUCAGGCUGUCCUAACUGACCUCUUAACAAUGUGUUCUGCAUUGGGGACACAGCUACUGUCGUCCCAUUGGCUGUAUGUGACCGGGCCAGUAAACUGUUCGCUACUUUUAACUGGAAGUGAACUCAGAUGUCACUUGUCACUGUCUCAAGGUGCUGACCAACAUUUAUUUAAUCCCAAAAAACAAAAGAACUGUUUUAUUGUUUUAUGCUUACUUGAUGUCGUCUGUUGUCAACUGCACGACCAAAUUUCCUCAUUUUGAUAAAAUAUAAACUUAGUUCAUAGUUUUUACAGUUUCAUAUAAUUGUAUGCGUUUUAUAUCUCAGGAAUGAUACAUUAAUGAUACAUACAUGGGCACUGAAGCUGCUGUUUCCACAGUAGGUCGGUCAGUUUUGUAGUUUAGCGUUAAACAAGGGUUAAAGUUGCAAUUUGGAAAUUUAGGAAAUCCUCUGUUAGUAAUGACGCCAGCAGUCGUUAAAUGAACAGCAGUCACUAUCCUGCUGCUCGUACUCCUUGGGCACAGGCGAGCAUCACCAUAGUCCUGAGCAAUACUAAUUGCUGGAAAAUAAAUUAUAUUUGCAGUAAUUUUACUGUAAUCUUAUUUGAACUGUGGUUUGCCAUUUGCAACUUAUGUUACAAAGCAACCAGUGCUAGCUAAGUUACAUCGACCUGGCUGACCAUAGAUUGCUUUCUCAGUAAUAUUUUUAAUAGCACAAUACUAUAUGAGUGGAUUUAUUGAUUUCCUAAUUCCUUCACCAGAAAGUCAGUGCAUCGUCAGUGCAACACAAAAUGUAAAUUGCUUCACAUUUUUACAUAUAGAAUCCUUAAAGGUACACUAUUUGUCACAUGCUGUUUAUGAACACACAUUUAAAGGUACAGUAAGUGUGACAGAUAGUUGAUUGCUCAGUGUCUGUACUUCAUGUGUUGGGAAUGAGAUUUAACAAUCAACUGUCCUUCUCCAAAACUGUUGACAGCCAGAGACAUCCUAAAAACAGUAAAAUAAGGAAAUACAGAUAGAGGGAAGGGUUUCUGCAGAUUCAGACACUGCCACACAGUUCUAUUGGGUCAUCAGUGAUGUGUGAGAUUGAUUGUUUUGAGCAGUCGGUAAGAAAAUCCUGCAUAGUAAACCUUUAAGAAAUGUUAGUGUUUGGAAAUGGUAAAGGAUAAAUCCUUGAAAAGAACUAAACCAACUUUGCAUAAGUCCUAAUAGUGAGUAUUUAAAGCAUGAUGUGUUCUUUUCCUCUGUGCCAUAUAGCUCCAUUGUUGUCCAAAAACUGUUCAAAACAUAAAAGAAAGAGAGACACUGACACUGGAUGACAUGUUCUUUAAUCAAACUGUAACAACAUAUUGUGAGCUUUGCAUUUUUAGGCGGAACCAGUGAGCUUGGGAAUGAAUGUCUCAUACAGGGCAGGGAAAUCGAUGUGAGAGAUGGACUAAAGCAUUGAUUUUCUCUUUCCAUGAGAUUUAUUGAAGAUAAGAAUACAAAAUAAUUACACCACCUUUGUCUUUGAAAGUGCAGAACUCCUGCACACUGUGAUCAAAAAUGUAAAGUAGUAUUAGCUGUAGGUCUUCAUCUGAUAUUAAACAAUAAUGCAAAAUAGGCACAUGGAGCAUCAAUCAGUCACCAAAGGACAAAACGCAGAAGCACCUGAGAUGAUUAGAUAUUCAACACCCUGUCAAAAUUUAUGUAUCAAAAGACAAAUCAACACAUUUGAUUGCUUUAAAAGAAUGAAAGGAAAAUAAAAUAGAGGAACGAAUUUUUCUUCAAUCUCCAGUACCAGCAUUUUACAACAAUUUUAGGACAUUCCACUCUCCUACAUUAUUUAUUGUUUUAAAAAGAGAAAUCUUAAAUUUAACUAUGUUGAGGAGAUUAUUUUUUUUUCUCUUAUUUUCACGUAAACCAAAGACUUGAGUUAAGUACUCAGACCUAUUUCCUCCCAGGAGAUUGCUGUAAUUUCUUUCACUGUACUGUAAAGAUUAAUCUUAAGUAUGGCUGUAGAGAAAAUGCAAAAGUACUACCCAGGACCUGCAGACUUUCUUUGGCCCCCUGAUGAAAAAUAAAUGCUUAUUACCAUCCCCUUAACACUGAAUAAUUGCUUUCAACCUGAAUUUCUGCUUCAUUUAAUCUAAGAAGUGCUUGGGUCUAGGAAAAAUAAGCAAGUCUUGUAACUUCUCAGCAGAAUCAGGAUUUGGUGUUUGUAUCCAAUGGCAGUCAGCAGUGAGUGGUGAGUAGUUUGUUGCACAGUCUGUCGGGAGUAGAAGAUUCAUUUGAGUGAGAUCUCAGGGAGUUUAUGUUGAGAACAGAGUCUACUGGCUCAUCCAAAACAUCAGCUUUGCAGCUUGGAAAAACCAAAAGCAAAAUUUUGUUAUUUUAUACCAAAUUCCCAUUUUACUGCUUGCGAGUUGUCCGUGAGCUCGAGGUGUACCACUGCUAUAUAAGAGGGAAGAGAUUUAUUUAAUCCUAAUCUCAACCAGACCAAUUGGAAUUUACAGCCACAGGUUUGCAUUUCUGGCCUGGUGUUUAAUGUUCAGUGUUCUUUUUGUAUUCAGAUUUGUCAUAUCCUCUUACUAUAUGAUUGCCUUAGCUGGCUGAGACAGAUGAUUAUUACUUUAUUUGUUUUGUACAAAUUAUCAUGUUCAAGAAUAUUCAAUGACAUGCUGGACAUAUAUCUUGUGUGAUCCCUCCAUCAGCUCAUUCAAAGAAUUGUCAUCUGACUUAAAAUAAAUAAUAUUUAAAAAAAACAAGA